GUAGUAGGUGUAGCAGCAGUAGGUGCAGUAGGUGUAGCAGCAGUAGGUGUAGCAGCAGUAGGUGUAGUAACAUCAGUGUCAUCAGUCAGUGUUUGAGUAACUGGAGCGCCUUUAUUGUGAAACCCGAGCAGAGCGGAAGUGGACAGUUAGCAUCCCGUAGCUCUGCUGCACAGUGAGAGUGUGUGUGUGAGUGAGUGUGAGUGUGUUCAGGUGUGAAAAUGUUACCUCUGUCUAUUAAAGACGACGAGUACAAACCCGCCAAGUUUAACCUGCUGGUGAAGCUCUCGGGAUGGUUCAGGUCGAUCCUCGCGGAUAAAACCUCCAGGAAUCUGUUCUUCUUCCUCUGCCUGAACCUCUCCUUCGCCUUCGUGGAGUUAACGUACGGCAUCUGGAGUAACAGUUUAGGUCUGAUCUCAGAUUCCUUCCACAUGUUCUUUGACUGCACCGCUCUGCUGGCAGGUCUGGCAGCCUCCGUCAUCUCCAGGUGGAGAUCCAACGACAGCUUCUCCUACGGUUACGUCAGAGCUGAGGUUCUGGCCGGCUUCGUCAACGGACUCUUCCUCAUCUUCACAGCCUUCUUCAUCUUCUCUGAAGGAGUCGAGAGAGCCCUGGAGCCUCCUGACGUUCACCACGACCGUCUGCUUCCUGUCUCUGUUGCCGGUCUGCUCGUCAACCUGGUCGGGAUCUUUGUUUUCCAGCACGGAGGCCACGGACACUCGCACGGAGAGGGAGGUCACGGUCACAGCCACUCGCUGUUUAACGGCAGUGUGAAUCACGGCCACAGCCACGGAGGACGCGACCACCAGAACAAACAUGCAGACCGACACAGCCACGACGGACACGGACACAGCCACGGCACACUCGGACGCCACGACGGACACGGACACGACGGACACGGACACGAUGGACACGGACACAGCCACGGCGGCCAUGACGAUCCACACUGUCACGAUGAGCUGCUGCACACUCCGGGGAAAGGUUCCAGUAAACAGAUCCUGCAGGGCGUCCUGCUGCACAUCAUCGCUGACACUCUGGGCAGCGUCGGUGUGAUCAUCUCGGCUCUGCUGAUGCAGAAAUACGACCUGAUGAUCGCCGACCCCAUCUGCUCCAUGCUGAUCGCCCUCCUCAUCGGAGUCAGCGUGGUGCCGUUACUGAGAGAGUCCAUCGGGAUCCUGAUGCAGAGAACUCCUCCGUCACUGGACCACGCCCUGCCAGAGUGUUAUCAGAGGGUGCAGCAGCUGCAGGGAGUGUACAACUUGCAGGAGCCUCACUUCUGGACUCUAUGUACUGACGUUUACAUCGGAACAUUAAAGCUGCUGGUCGCCCCCGACGCCGACACCCGCUGGAUCCUUAGCCAGACACACCACAUCUUCACACAGGCCGGAGUUCGACAGCUGUACGUUCAGAUCGAAAUGGCUGCCAUGUAGAAGCUCCUCCUUCUCUGAACACCUGGGACCAAUCCCCUUCAGUCUGCUGCUGCAGGUGACCUCUGACCCAUACCCCGAGUCACUGAAGGUCAGACUGAGACCGGGGGGGCAGUAAGAACUUGACUGUGAUCUCCCAUGAUGCUCCAGCCCAAUGCGUCCUGGAUGAUCUCAAACUACCCCCCCACCCCUUUUUUAACCUUACCUGUCCGUGUUGGCGGGCAGCGUGACAACCCCCCCCCCCCCUUCCUGGCUGCACUUUGUAGACUGGAGCAAAGCAUUCUGGGUAAGUGCCUUCAUCAUGAAUCAGAGACGCUCUGAGCCUGCUUCCUGUCCGGCCCGGCCCCCCUGUGACAUCACUGCUGGGACCAGACUGCUGCCAUUUGAUUGGUCCGUGGUGUGUGUGAUGUCCCUCUGUGUUUUUUAACGUGCCAAACCAUGUGACCAAACCAUGUGACCAGUCUGGUGGGUUUGUCUUUUUUUCAACUGUAAUAAAUAAUUCUGUUUCUGAGCUGA